AUGUCUAAUUUCUUCGAAGUUGAGCUGGAUAUUGGCAAUUUCACGGGAAGCCUGUCUGCUCCACACGCCGCCACCGGUGGGAUAUCAAAACGCAUUACUAACACCACUCAAAAGAGGAUACAGCAGGAUGCUGCUGGAGGAGUGACUGCAGCUCCACUCCCGGAUAAUGUGAUGAUCUGGAAUGGGAUCAUCAUAGGGCCUCAAGAUACACCUUUUGAAGACGGGACAUUUAGACUCACACUUACCUUUGAUGAGCAGUAUCCAAACAAUCCGCCCAACGUGAGAUUCACUUCAGAGAUGUUCCAUCCAAACGUGUACGGAAACGGUGAUUUGUGUUUAGAUAUUCUCCAGAAUCGGUGGUCGCCUACGUACGAUGUCGCCAGUAUUCUGACGUCAAUCCAGUCGUUAUUGAACGAUCCCAAUAUCUCCAGUCCCGCCAAUGUGGAGGCGGCCAAUCUAUACAAAGACCACAGAUCACAAUAUAUCAAAAGAGUGAGGGACACAGUGGAGAAGAGUUGGGCCGAGGAUGAUGAUGACGAUGACGACGAUGACGAUGAUGACGAUGACGAUGACGAUGAUGAUGCGGAAGACGCAUGA